AGUUCUCCCGUUGAGUCGCGUCAGGCGCGCACCAUUUUCUCGCUCCGAAAAAUGCCGAACUGUGAUAACGACGACCGCGAUACGGCCUACAUUUUUCGUGAAUUCAGCAAACUUGUAUGAAAAAGAGCGAUGGUCUAACCGGUAGUGGUGAAAAGUGUUACACUUGUGUUCGAAGAAUAUGAGGUGUUAAAGCGAUUUUUAUCUAAAAAUCUCUCGCCAGGAUUAAAAAGGAUUUAUCCGCGUGCACAUGAUAUAUUUUUUCAGUUAAUUUUAGACGCUCCGAGUGCAUUAUGUCGGGUGUAAUCCUUGCACACGCUCGCCCUAAACUUCCGAAGCGAUUUAUGUGUAAUGGAUGUCUAACAAAAUAAAAAUAGCUAAACGACACCCAGUAGAAGCUCAUGAUAUAUGACGUGCCAUUAAUUUUAACAGGCGAAAGUGUCACAUCGUUAUUUGUCAACGAGUUGAUUAAGAACUUAAAUGAAUGUUGACAGUUUUAGCUGGGACAGGUAGGGUUAUUAAAAGGGAUAAGUUGUGACACGAUGGUUUCGGAUAGUGUAGACGGGCCAUAAUUUAUCCGUGUAAAAUUUGAUGUAAACGCUCACUAAUUAGAACUUAAUAAUAUAAUUAGUAUAGAUGAAACAUAAAGUGAUAAUGAAAAGAAGAAGAGUGUAAAAAAUAGUAAUAAAGUUAAAGUGUACAUUAAUAUAACUGUAACAAAUAUAGAAGAUGGCAGGGGAACUGAAAAGGAUAAAGUGGCAUUCAUACGUGCUGAAUGCGAUCCUGCUAUUUAUCUCGAUGAUUUAUGAAGCGGGCGGCCUCCGUACCACAGAACUCCACAUCCAGCCUCGCGUGGUACAACGUGGUAGAAACGUCACCAUGGCGUGCCUAUACCAGAUACACCCAAGCGAAAUAUACUCUGUCAAGUGGUACAGGGGCACGCAAGAGUUCUAUAGGUACUCGCCGCUAGAAACCCCCACGACGAGGGUUGUAGGGCCUGUAAAUGAAAUUAGAGUUGAUAGACUAAGCUCCAACGAGACCCACGUAGUAUUGACGCGGGUCACGUCAAGUCUCAGCGGCAACUACAGCUGCGAGGUCAUACAAAAUGCGCACACUUUCCCACACUAUACGGCUACAGCCAGACUUGAUGUUGUCGCCAUCGGUGGUCUCCGAGCGAUAGACCUGCGGAUAUCGCCGCCAGUGGUGCAGCGCGGUUCUGACGUCACACUCGCCUGCUUGUACGAGCUGACCGACGCGCCACUCUACUCCGUCAAGUGGUACCGAGGCCGCCACGAGUUCUACAGAUACUCGCCCACGGAGACGCCCGCUACCAAGAUCUUCCCUUUCGCUGGCAUAAACGUUGACCUGGCAAGGUCUAAUCAAAGUCAGGUGGUGCUAACACGGGUCAGCUUCGGCCUGUCUGGGAACUUCAGCUGCGAAGUCACAGCUGAUGCUCCUUCCUUCGCCACAUCCAUCGUAUCCAAUCACAUGGAAGUUGUGGUUUUACCACCGACAUCACCAACGAUCAACACUGGUCAACACUACUACAUGCCGGGUGACGUGCUGCGAGGGAAUUGCACAUCGGGGCCCAGUCGACCCCCUUCAGAGCUUACCUUCUACAUUAAUGACUUACCUGUAGUACCAGGCGUGUACCAAACGCAGCCAGCUCCCGAAGGCUUGUAUUGGGCGGAGCUGUACGUCCAAAUCCAGCUGUGGCCUGCUCACUACGAGCGAGGUGCGCCGAUCCUGCGCUGCGAGGCCAAGGUCGGGGAUCUGUACAGAGACAACGCGGCUGUCGCUUUGUACUCCGCCAAUAGUGAUCCUAAAAUUGAAAGAGUGACGUCACCUGGGUCCGGAGCCAAGCUGCAAGCGUGCCAAAUCCUUCUACUAGUCGCCAUUAUCGUGUGGGCUAACAAUACAUAGGCAUAGUCAUAAAACUCGCAAAGAGCAUAUUUCACUACGACAUACGAAGGAGCAAGACGUUGGUAUAAAGAACCUUGGAUACACAAUUCAUUAAAAAGUGUCUAUAAAAAUAAGAGCUUUUGUUUAAGUUAACUAACGGACAGUA